GUUGUAUAUAAUUUAUAGAUAAAUUUAAAGUUAUAUUCUAAAAACUUCACCCUUUUUAUUUAUUUAUUCAUUUUCACUUUAGGGUUUCAAGUUUCGCUCUUAACCUUCAUCUCUUUAGGGCUCAAAUUCUCCCCUAAUUAAUCAUUGAAUUCUAUUUCAUUCAAAACCAAGACAAAGGCGUGGUUUUCCCUGAUUGUAAAUUCUAGGGUUUUACAUUUAUCCGAAGCGUGGAUUCCUUUGUUUUCGUUUUCUAGGGUUUCGAUAAGCUGUUGUUAAGAUGCAACGAAUAAUCGGAUCAGGAAUCGUCUGAUCUUGUGGUGGUGACCGUCCGAUAAUCAGGGGCGUUGGUCCCCUUUGUAUGGAAACUCGGAGCCGGAAGCGGGCGGAGGCCUCCUCAGCUGCCCCUUCAUCUUCUCCCUCCGGUCCCACCACUCGCUCUCAUAAACGCGUUCGUCUCUCUUCCUCCUCUGCCGCUACCGCCGCCACUGUCGCUGUUACUCGCUCCCGUACUUCCCGCACAUCACGUACUUCCGCUGCCUUAAUGGACCCCAGUACAAUCGAAUCUUCUUCCGGUUCCCGCCGUGAUCGCCGUUCCAGCAAAGCUAACCAAACCACGACAAGUGACAAUCCGAAUCUUGCCUCUGAUAGAGGAAAGGAAAAGGAACAUGAUCCUAGGAUUCGCGAUAGAGAUAGAGACAGGGACAAUAGAGACAACAACAAUUCUAAUCAUCCUGAGAGAAAUUUAGGAUUAAAUAUGGAUACCUCUGGAGGCGAUGAGGAUGAUAAUGAUAGCGAAGGCGGUGUAGGGAUUUUGCACCAGAAUCUGACGUCAGCGAGCAGCGCGUUACAAGGCUUGUUGAGGAAGCUUGGUGCUGGACUUGAUGAUUUGCUUCCCUCAUCGGCAAUGGGUUCCGGGUCUUCAUCUCAUCAAAGUGGGAGGUUAAAAAAGGUUCUGUCUGGAUUGCGUGCUGAUGGAGAGGAAGGGAGGCAAGUGGAGGCGCUGACCCAGCUGUGUGAAAUGCUUUCAAUUGGUACUGAGGAAUCGUUGAGCACGUUUUCUGUUGAUUCCUUUGUUCCCGUGCUCGUUGGAUUGCUUAAUCACGAGAGUAAUCCUGAUAUCAUGAUUCUUGCUGCAAGGGCGCUUACUCAUUUGUGUGAUGUGUUGCCUUCUUCAUGUGCUGCUGUUGUGCAUUAUGGUGCUGUUUCAUGUUUUUGUGCUAGGUUGCUCACUAUAGAGUAUAUGGACUUGGCUGAACAGUCUCUACAAGCUCUGAAGAAGAUAUCUCAAGAACACCCAACUGCCUGUCUGCGAGCUGGUGCUCUCAUGGCAGUGCUUUCAUACUUGGAUUUCUUCUCCACUGGGGUUCAGCGAGUGGCACUAUCUACUGCUGCAAAUAUGUGCAAGAAACUCCCUUCAGAUGCAGCUGAUUAUGUCAUGGAAGCUGUACCACUAUUAACAAAUCUUUUGCAGUAUCAUGAUUCGAAGGUGCUGGAGCAUGCAUCUGUUUGUUUAACGCGCAUUGCUGAAGCCUUUGCAUCUUCCCCGGAUAAAUUAGAUGAGCUUUGCAAUUAUGGACUGGUUACUCAGGCUGCAUCUCUCAUUUCCAUAAGUAAUUCUGGAGGUGGACAGGCAUCAUUGAGCACACCAACAUAUACGGGCUUAAUUCGGCUGCUCUCAACUUGUGCAAGUGGGUCUCCCUUGGGAGCAAAAACUUUACUUCUGCUUGGGAUCAGUGGCAUACUUAAAGAUAUACUAUCAGGUUCUGGUGUUUCGGCUAACUCAUCUGUUUCACCCGCAUUAAGCAAGCCGGCAGAGCAGAUUUUUGAGAUUGUCAAUCUGGCAAAUGAGCUUCUUCCUCCAUUGCCACAAGGAACCAUCUCCCUCCCUGCUAGCUCUAAUAUAUUUGUGAAAGGAUCUAUUUUGAAGAAGUCUCCUACUAGCAGCUCUGGGAAGCAAGAAGACACCAAUCGAAAUGCUCUUGAGGUUUCACCCCGUGAGAAACUAUUGAAUGAUCAACCUGAACUUCUUCAGCAGUUUGGAGUGGAUCUCCUUCCUGUUCUCAUUCAGAUCUAUGGUUCCAGUGUCAAUAGCCCUGUUCGCCACAAAUGUCUCUCAGUUAUUGGAAAACUAAUGUACUUCAGCAGUGCAGAGAUGAUUCAGAAUCUAUUAAGUGUGACAAAUAUAUCUAGCUUCUUGGCUGGUGUUUUAGCAUGGAAAGAUCCAUAUGUCUUGGUUCCUUCCCUGCAAAUUGCUGAGAUCCUCAUGGAAAAGCUUCCUGGAACUUUCUCCAAAAUGUUUGUUCGAGAGGGCGUGGUUCAUGCUGUGGACCAGCUUGUUUUAAUUGGUAAUCAAAAUACCACUACUGUUCAAGCAUCUUCACUUGAGAAGGAUAAUGAGUCUGUAUCUGGAGCUUCAUCACGUUCUAGGCGAUACAGACGACGUAGUGGUAACUCUAAUCUUGAAGGAAGUUCUAUGGAGGAGUCCAAGAAUCCAGCAUCUUUAAAUAUUGGCUCACCUACUAAUUCAGUUGAAAUUCCUACAGCCAAUUCCAGUCUUCGUACUGCAGUAAGUGCAUGUGCUAAAGCAUUUAAAGAUAAGUAUUUCCCCUCUGAUCCUGGGGCUGUUGAAGUUGGAGUAACAGAUGAUCUGUUACACUUAAAAAAUCUUUGCAUGAAAUUGAAUGCUGCUGUUAACGAUCAAAAGGCCAAGGCAAAAGGAAAAUCUAAAGCUUCAGGGUCUCCAUGGGUUGAUUUUUCUACUAGCAAUGAAGAGUAUUUGACUGGGGUGAUUUCUGAGAUGCUAGCAGAACUAAGCAAGGGGGAUGGUGUAUCCACUUUUGAGUUUAUUGGUAGUGGUGUUGUUGCGGCCUUGUUAAACUAUUUUUCUUGCGGGUACUUCUCCCAGGAGAGAAUUUCAGAUGUGCACCUUCCCAAGCUUCGUCAACAAGCCCUUAAGAGAUACAAAUUGUUUAUCAGUGUUGCUCUUCCUUCUAGUGUUGAUGAAGGAAGUAUGGCUCCUAUGACUGUCCUGGUUCAGAAGCUUCAAAAUGCUUUAUCAUCUUUAGAGCGUUUUCCUGUAGUUCUUAGCCAUUCAUCUAGGUCAUCUAGUGGGAGUGCACGCCUCUCUUCUGGUUUAGGUGCAUUAGCUCAGCCUUUUAAGUUGCGGCUCUGUCGAGCGCCAAGAGAGAAGUCUCUUCGUGAUUAUUCUUCGAAUAUUGUGUUGAUUGACCCAUUAGCAAGUCUAGCAGCUGUUGAAGAAUUUCUUUGGCCUCGAGUUCAACGAAGUGACACUUCUCAGAAACUCUCUUUGACUGUUGGAAAUUCUGAGUCUGGGAACACACCUAACCGGACUGAUGUAUCUUCUCCGUCUACCUCAACUCCUGCUUCUACCACCCGGCGCCAUUCUUCAAGGUCCAGAUCAUCUGUUAAUAUUGGAGAUGUGGCCAGAAAGAAGCAAUCACAGGAGAAAAGCACUAGUUCAUCAAAGGGAAAAGGUAAGGCUGUUUUGAAGCCUUCUAAAGAGGAGCCAAGAGGACCUCAAACAAGAAAUGCUGCUCGUAGAAGAGCUGCUCUGGAUAAAGAUGCUCCAAUGAAACCUGUAAAUGACGACUCUACUUCUGAGGAUGAAGAAUUGGAUAUGUCCCCUGUGGAGAUUGAUGAUGCUUUGGUGAUUGAAGAUGAUGAUAUUUCUGAUGAUGAAGAUGAUGAACAUGAAGAUGUGCUUAGGGAUGAUUCUCUUCCAGUUUGUACACCUGAUAAAGUACAUGAUGUUAAGUUGAGUGAUUCAGCUGAAGAUGGUUCACCUGCUCCAGCUGCAAGUGAUAGCCAAACUAAUGCAGCUUCAGGAUCUAGCAGCAGAGCUGCUGCUAUUAGGGGUUCAGACUCUGCUGAUUUUAGGAGUGGCUAUGGCUCAAGGGGUGCAAUGUCGUUUGCAGCUGCUGCCAUGGCUGGGCUUGGAUCUGCCAAUGGUAAAGGUAUUAGGGGAGGUAGAGAUCGACAAGGAAGACCUCCUGGCAGUUCUAAUGAGCCUCCAAAGUUGAUAUUCACUGCUGGUAAUAAGCAGCUUAACAGGCAUUUGACCAUCUAUCAGGCCAUUCAAAGACAGCUUGUGUUGGAUGAGGAUGAUGAUGAGAGAGAUGCUGGUAGUGAUUUUACAUCUAGUGAUGGAAGAGGAGUGUGGAGUGAUAUCUACACAAUAACAUAUCAGAGGGCUGAGAGCCAAGCUGAUCGAUCAUCACCAGGGGGAUCAGGUUCUGCUACAGCAUCUAAAUCUGGUAAAUCUGGUUCAUCCAAUUCCAGCUCUGAUCCCCAACCUCGUAGAAUGUCUCUAUUAGAUAGCAUAUUGCAAGGGGAACUUCCUUGUGAUCUAGACAGAUCCAAUCCUACUUAUACUAUAUUGGCACUGUUGCGUGUGUUAGAGGGUCUGAAUCAGCUUGCACCUCGUUUGAGAGCUCAGAUUGUUUCUGAUAAUUUUGCUGAGGGAAAUGUUUUAACUCUGGAUGAGUUGAGCACCUCCGGUUCUAGAGUUCCUCAUGAGGAAUUUAUUAAUGGUAAGCUGACUCCAAAACUGGCGCGGCAAAUUCAGGAUGUUCUUGCUCUAUGUAGUGGAAGCCUUCCUUCCUGGUGUUACCAGUUGACAAAGGCAUGCCCCUUUUUAUUUCCUUUUGAGACACGAAGGCAGUACUUCUAUUCAACUGCCUUUGGGUUGUCUCGUGCAUUAUAUCGUCUGCAGCAGCAUCAAGGUGCUGAUGGCCAAGGGUCAACUAAUGAAAGAGAGGUAAGGGUUGGGAGAUUACAGAGGCAGAAAGUUCGUGUCUCCCGGAACCGCAUUUUGGACUCUGCUGCAAAGGUGAUGGAGAUGUAUUCCAGCCAAAAAACUGUGCUUGAAGUUGAAUAUUUUGGAGAAGUUGGCACCGGAUUGGGUCCAACCUUGGAGUUUUAUACGCUUUUAAGUCAUGACUUGCAAAAGGUUGGACUUGCAAUGUGGAGGUCGAAUUCUACAUGGAACAAGACAGUGAUGGAAAUUGAUGGAGAUGGAGAUAAAAAUGGAAAAUCUGCUGGUUCUGCUACUAUUGAUAGAGAUAUAGUCCAAGCUCCUCUGGGGUUAUUCCCCCAACCUUGGCCACCAAAUGCUGAUGCUUCUGAAGGUAGCCAAUUUUUUAAAGUAAUUGAACAUUUCCGGCUGGUUGGGCGUGUCAUGGCAAAAGCUCUUCAAGAUGGACGGCUUUUAGACCUGCCUCUCUCAACGGCAUUUUAUAAACUUGUGCUUGGUCAAGAGCUUGAUUUGCAUGAUAUUCUGUCUUUUGAUGCCGAAUUUGGCAAAAUUUUGCAAGAAUUGCAUUUACUUGUUCGUCGAAAGCAAUAUCUAGAUUCAUUGGGUGGUGACAAUAGUGAUGCAAUUGCUGACUUACGGUUCCGUGGAGCCUCAAUAGAAGAUCUCUGUUUGGAUUUCACGCUUCCAGGAUAUCCGGACUACAUAUUGAAGCUAGGGGAUGAAACUGUGGAUAUCAACAACUUAGAGGAAUACAUAUCUUUGGUGGUUGAUGCAACUGUGAAGACUGGAAUUAUGCAUCAAAUAGAGGCAUUUAGAGCUGGUUUCAAUCAGGUUUUUGAUAUCUCGUCACUGCAAAUAUUUACACCCCAAGAGUUGGACUAUUUGCUGUGUGGUCGCAGAGAGUUGUGGGAGGCUGAGACUCUUGCUGAUCAUAUAAAAUUCGAUCAUGGAUAUACUGCGAAGAGCCCUCCAAUUGUUAAUUUGCUUGAAAUUAUGGGAGAACUAACACCAGAGCAGCAGCGGGCCUUCUGUCAAUUUGUUACUGGUGCACCCAGGCUUCCACCCGGUGGUCUGGCAGUGCUGAAUCCAAGGCUGACAAUUGUUAGAAAGCAUUCUUCGUCUGCAACUGCUGCUGCUGCUGCCAAUGGAACUGGACCCUCAGAAUCAGCAGAUGAGGACUUGCCUAGUGUCAUGACUUGUGCUAAUUACUUGAAGCUUCCUCCAUAUUCUACCAAGGAAAUUAUGUAUAAGAAAUUGCUAUAUGCAAUCAAUGAAGGGCAAGGAUCUUUUGAUUUGUCAUGAGUCUACCGCCACAAGGCUAACGAACAGGAGAGUUGUGUGGUGUUGUGUUGGGGCAGUGUGUAUAUUUCCGAACAGCACAAUCCGAGGGUCAAUUUUUCUCACCUGCUGCGAGUAUUUUUGAUGUUCCAAAGUAGCAUAUUGAUUUUGCUCAAAUAAUGGCAUUUCUCUUCACUGCUGCUUCUCCGUUACUAGUUUUAAUGGGGGGACUAUCUUUUCCAACUUCAAACUUUUAUCAAAUUCUGGGUAGACUCAAAUCUGAUUUUUUUCCCCUUUAGUUUUUCUAAUAUUUUCCCCAGUUGCAUGCGACUUACAUGCUAAAGCACAGAAGAAUAGGAUGUUUUUUGUUAAAGCACUUUUGCAUUCAGCUGCUAGAGCUUUGUAUAUAAAAUUAGGGAGGAAAAUGAAUAAAAUAAUGAUGAAAUUGUUAUUCCUUUUUCUUUUUCA